ACGAAACCGCAAUGGGACUCUUCGGCCACUCCACCCCCCAAUCCGUCCUCCUCGAGCAUUUCCGCCUCCCCAUCGGCCUCAACGCCGCCUUCUGCCUGCUCCACGUCGAGACGCUCGUCAUGAAGAAGAAGAUGUGGAGUAUAAGUGGUGACGAUUUUAGUAUCCAGAUUUCGCCGGGGCAGGAUGUUGUGCGGUGUGAUGGGCAAGGGUUUAGUUGGCGGGAUCGCAAAGGCCCCACAGUCGGCUCCUCCCCCCCAUGAUCGCCUCCUUCCGCAACCUAGCCUCCGCAAACGCAGCCUCGUCAUCGCACGACCUCAUUGAGCUCAAAUGUAAAGCGGACUGGACCGAUCAACCAGCGAUAAUUACCGUCCUAGGCACCGAACACGUCGUCGGCCGGAUAUGGCGCAAGAUCUCGAAUAUGAGAGACGUCAUUGGAGGGCAGCACAGUCGUGACCUACCGUGGUCUGAUCUUGCCCGUCUUUAAUGUCUCCUCGUGAGAAAUGUUACUCGAUUGUUGACGAUCUGCUUUCUUCUCCCUGUAUUCUUUUUUUUCGACAUCUUAUUUUCGACGUGCGUUUGUCGUCCCCGCUCCGACCUCGUCUUCGACUGGAUGUACACAAAUGUGCAGUGGUCGACUAUGUGGACUCAAAUGUCACUGAUA